GUCCACGUCUGCACCGAAUACAGAGUGGAGUUUACGUCAGCUGACAGUUGCCGGUAGGACAGUUAUUGUAUUACUGGAGCACAGUAGUCGACUGUAUCUUUAGGCCUCUACGAGUGGUCGAAGCGCACAAAAACCAAUCUCACUGUUGCUUUCAUUGUUUCUUUUUUCGAAUUUGUAAGUGAAAGUUUGAACAGUUGCGUACACGAAGAGAAUCAUGUCGAAAAUUAUUUGUCUGUUCGAUGUUGAUGGCACACUUACUGCUCCUCGUCAGCCAAUCAAACCCCAAGUGGAGAAAUUCCUAUUUGAGACUGUUAAAAAGGAGUUUGAUAUAGCUAUCGUAGGAGGAUCUGAUAUAUCAAAGAUAAAAGAACAACUUGGUGGUGGAAAUAUUACAGAGAAGUACAAAUAUGUAUUUGCUGAAAAUGGUCUGGUUUCAUAUAAAGAAGGAAAGAAACUUCCUUCUGAGACGAUUCAAAGUGCCAUUGGUGAGGAUGCAUUACAAGAUGUAAUCAAUUUUGCACUGCGCUACAUAUCUGAGCUAAAGUUGCCAUUCAAACGUGGAACAUUCAUUGAAUUUCGUACAGGAAUGUUGAAUAUCUCACCAGUGGGACGUAACUCCAGUAAAGAGGAACGUGAUCAGUUCGAAGAAUACGACCGCGAGAAUCAAAUUCGUCAAAAAUUCAUACAAGCCCUCAAAAAAGAAUUUCCAGAUCUUUUAUUGACCUACAGUAUAGGUGGACAGAUCUCAUUCGAUGUUUUCCCAAAUGGUUGGGAUAAGACCUAUUGUCUAAGACACAUUCAAGGCUACGAUGAGAUUCAUUUCUUUGGUGAUAAAACAGAAGAGGGUGGUAAUGACUACGAAAUCUACCAAAGUGACCUGACCGUUGGUCAUCGUGUAACAGGUCCAGAAGAUACUGUAAAGCAAUUGAAAAUUCUUAGCGCUUUAAUUAAUGAACACAGAGCGAAGGAACUUUCCAAUGUUCCUAUGCAGUGUAUUUAAUUAAUUUAGUAUUAGUAUCCGGAUACUCUUGUUGUUGUUGUUGGAUUCCCGAUAUGACUCGGAUAGAAAUUUUACCGAUGAUAUAACAUCCAUUUAUCUGUAUUUCCUCGUACCGAACUCUACUUUUCGUAAAUCGUAUAUAUAUCUAUAUACAUAUAAAGUUAUAUACCGUUUAUUAACAUCUGAUGGUAAAUUCAAGUGUACAGAAUACUUAAGAUUAUUAUCAUUAUUAACAAACAUUCCAUGUGUUACAUAUCUUUUUUUUUUGUUGAUAAAAUCAUGUUCCGAUAAUAUUCCCAGAUGUGAAUUAUCGCACGUGCGAUUUGUAACAGUUGUACAAAUUUAAGAAAAUAUUUUCUAUAUUGUAACACAAUAUUGUACGUUUGGAAAUUUACAAGCUCCUAAAUAAUCUCGAUGUUUAAAAAUGUUAUAUAGUUACUAGAUACUUGCGUUGUAAAUGUGGUGAUGGCCGAGUAAUUCGUAGUUGAAUUGAAAAAGUAAUUAAAAAAAAAAUCAAUCAAUAAGAAAAUGAAAUUUUGUGAAAACAA